UAAAAGUAAAAGUAGAAGAAGAAAGGAUAAGGGGAUAUCGGACCCAACACGAUUAUUUACUGAGAAAAUGUUCGUUAUUGUGUAUUUGUUGUCAUGUCUGACAGUCGUCAGUGCAGGUUCUCACUCACUGAUGGUCUUUGCAACAUAUAUAGAUGGCCAAACACCAUUUCCUGAGUUUAGUAUUGUUGUGAUGCUGGAUGAUCUGCAAAUAGCGUAUUAUGACUCAACCUCGUGGAAAGUUGUCUAUCAUACUCACAGUGAUUCAAAAUACUAUGAUGAAGAGCAAAGUGAUGCUAGUAUUGUAUUUCAAUAUAUAUAUAACCAUCUGAAACAUUGGACAUUAAAUCUUAAAGAUCAAUUAAAUCACACAGGUGUACAUGUUACUCAGAGACUUGUUGGAUGUGAAUUGUUGAAUGAUAAACCAGGUCUGUUUAAGUCAUGGGAUGCUUUUGAUCAACAAAAUAUGGGGGAGUUCACCUUUGACAUGGAAAAAAAUAAAAUUCAGAAUACAUUGAAAUGGAGGAUAACACUGGACCAAGCAGCACAGCUUCAUACAAAGUUCAUGCAUCAAAAUGUUUAUCAUCCUAUUUGCAUUAAGACCUUACGGAGGUACCUGAAUAUAGAAAAGAACAAUGUGAUGAGAAAAGUGAAACCCAGAGUCAGACUCAUGAGGAAGAGGCUCCCAGACUCUUACAGGCUUCAGAUCAGCUGUCUGGCCACUGGUUUUCACCCCCGUCACAUUAACCUGACCCUGUUCAGAGACGGUCAGCCUGUGGAUGAUGAUCAGAUCACAGAAGGAGAGAUUCUGUCCAACGGAGACGGAACUUACCAGAUGAGGAAGAGUUUGGUGAUCAGUGAAGAAGAUCGUGAGGAACAUAAAUACAACUGCACAAUGAAGCACCUCAAUCUGGACAACAAACUGGACAUUACAUUUGAUGCGGAUGAAUCUGACCAAGGAUCUUUCAGUCUGUCUGUAGUUUUCAGUGUGCUGGUGUUCAUGUGUGUGACUGUUCUCAUCAUAACUGCACUCAUCAUAUGGAGAAAGAGACGAACAGCUGAUCGAGGAUCUGAAACGUCACAGAGUAAAUACUCCCCUACUCCAUCUUCCGCCUCCCGAUGAAAAGUGAGUCUAUGUAAGGCAACGAAUUAAGGUCAAGACAAUACAUGCAAAAACUAAAAUAUCUUAGCAUUUGCUUGGUGGAUGCCAUUUGGGUUAUGUUAUAAUAAUUACAAAUAAAAAGACGUAAAAUGAAGAAAUGUAAUAUACAGUACGUACACAACAAUAACAGAUUGUUGAAGCUGUAUUUCCUGCUGGUAAUAUGUGUUUUAUUUUGCUACUGUGCAUUUUAACGAUAACAUCUGAUAUUUGAUUGGAGAAUGGCAUUUAAUUUUGUUUGUUUGUUAUCACCAAAAUUGCAUUUGAUAAUUGGCCCUUGGAAAUAUGUUUUGAUUAAAAUCCCAGGAAACCUUAAUGUAAUGUAUGUGCAGGUUUCUUAAUUAAGUUUCAAGAACCACUGCACUACUGUGAAGGAAUUAAGGGUUUUUAAUAACAACCUAUGUGUGUAUGGGUUCAAGUGAUCAGAAUCGUAUGUGUGCUGUGUUUUCUUCACAAGUUACAGAUAAUAAAUAAUGUCUCCAUCUCUAGGUUUUUAACAACAUAGGAUGACGUUGUGAAGCAGUAAUUUUACCUUGCUUUGGUAUAAUAACACUGUGCUGGUCAGACGAAUUCAGAAUGAGCAUUAAGAAAGAUGCAACUAAGAUUAUUCUAGAAAGUCUAAUCAUUGAGUUCCACUGCAUUUGUUUGGGAUGAUAGAAGAGUUGACAGAUGGGGUUUUAAUCAAUAUGCUGUGUCUGAAUUUAAAAUCUAUGUAAUAAUUG